GUGUCGCUUGUUAUUUGUGACGCGAUAAAUUCCAAGUAAUUAUUGUUGUAAACGGGAAUUAUAAGCCGAAGCAGACUGGCGCACGCUUAAUUGUGGAAAUGCUGCGCCUCUGUGUCCCGGUAAUUGUCCUGGCAGCAUUGGUGCCUCUGUACCAAUGUGCUGCCGGCUCCGGGUCCCCUGGAUCGUGUCCCCCGACGUUGCCAGUGGACAUAUGCAAUGCGGCGUGCGGCCCGGCGACUCCUUGCGUCAACACCACCCAGCUGUGCUGCCCCACUGCUUGCGGAGGCGCCAUGUGCGUUGACCCGGUCACGCAGAGGCACUUCCUUACUUUGGUGAAGAAAGGCAGCUGCCCCGAGUACCCGCGAGGGGUAUGGGUGUGCUCCCACUCUUGCACGGGAGAUUCGGACUGCCCGCGCGCUCUGAAGUGCUGUCCCAACCGCUGCGGCGCGCUCACCUGCCAGCGGCCCGAGAGCGAAGCAAAGCCCACGGAGGAACCUGUGCCUUAUUAGAAGCUGGAUAAGGGCGCCUUUAAAUUUGCCGCAAAGCGCGGCACUUGGCGGCAAAUCAAAGGCGCUCCAAGGGUUAGGAGUCAUGCAUAAACUCGCCAAAAACAUUUAACUCUUACAUGUAUUAGACUUUGAAAUGUGACGUCACAAAACUCUCCCAGCGGCCCGAGAGUGAAGUAUCAGCUAUCGAGGAACCUGUGCUUUAUUAGAAGCUAAAUAAAGGUUCAGUAAAACCAACGCGAUCACACGCGAUCAGCCGGCGUGCAGCAAUGGCGAUCAGACUUAAAUGCGUUUGUUGCUGGCAGUUUGGCCAGCAAUCCUUUUUGAUAAUUGUUUAUGGUUUUUUACUUUUUUUAAUAUUGUUUUUUGGAUUUUUGAAGUUGGCUUUGGUACACUCUCGUGUUAAUGUUUUGAGCUGCAAUAUAACUACUGUUUUGGCCCUU